UUUUGUGAGGUGAGCUGGACGUAGCGAGCGGUCGUACUAGUCACUAUAUUUAUAUUUAAUUAAAAAAACUAAUUCACAAUGUGCGACGAAGAAGUUGCCGCUCUGGUUGUAGACAAUGGAUCCGGUAUGUGCAAAGCCGGUUUUGCUGGAGACGAUGCUCCGCGUGCCGUAUUCCCCUCAAUUGUGGGCCGCCCUCGCCAUCAGGGUGUGAUGGUGGGAAUGGGACAGAAAGAUUCCUACGUGGGCGAUGAAGCGCAGAGCAAGAGAGGUAUCCUCACCCUCAAGUACCCCAUCGAGCAUGGUAUUGUCACCAACUGGGACGACAUGGAGAAGAUCUGGCACCACACCUUCUACAAUGAACUCCGAGUCGCGCCCGAGGAACACCCCGUUCUGCUCACAGAGGCUCCCCUCAACCCCAAAGCCAACAGAGAGAAGAUGACUCAGAUCAUGUUCGAGACCUUCAACACACCCGCUAUGUACGUGGCCAUCCAGGCCGUACUGUCGCUGUACGCGUCCGGUCGUACCACCGGUAUCGUUCUUGACUCCGGUGACGGUGUUUCACACACGGUGCCCAUCUACGAGGGUUAUGCGCUGCCCCAUGCCAUCCUCCGUCUGGACUUGGCCGGCCGUGACCUCACCGACUACCUAAUGAAGAUCCUUACAGAGCGAGGUUACUCAUUCACCACCACAGCCGAGCGGGAAAUCGUGCGUGACAUCAAGGAAAAACUGUGUUACGUCGCCCUCGACUUCGAGCAGGAGAUGGCCACCGCUGCCUCCAGCAGCUCCCUCGAGAAGUCCUACGAACUUCCCGACGGUCAAGUCAUUACUAUCGGAAACGAGAGAUUCCGUUGCCCAGAGGCCCUCUUCCAACCGUCAUUCUUGGGUAUGGAAGCUAACGGCAUCCACGAGACGACGUACAACUCGAUCAUGAAGUGCGACGUCGAUAUCCGUAAGGACUUGUACGCCAACACAGUAUUGUCCGGCGGUACCACCAUGUACCCCGGCAUCGCCGACCGUAUGCAGAAGGAGAUCACAGCGCUCGCUCCUUCCACAAUGAAGAUCAAAAUCAUUGCACCCCCGGAGAGGAAGUACUCCGUAUGGAUCGGAGGUUCCAUCCUCGCGUCCCUGUCGACCUUCCAACAGAUGUGGAUCUCGAAGCAAGAGUACGACGAGUCCGGCCCCUCGAUCGUGCACAGGAAGUGCUUCUAAUUUCAAAUUGCCAAGUGAGACUAUUUCUACUUUAUGAUGCCCUACACCGAGAUCACAAUCGGCGGCUCAAAUCACGCUUGUAAUAUAUUGUAUAAGUGCAGUAUUUAACUAGGUUGUAAGGUAUCGUAAUAUGCAUAUUACGUAAACAUGCGGAUCGUUUUUGUUUCCGUUGUUGACAAAUGAUUUUUGAAUAAUUUAUUGAAUGUUACUAACCUCAACAUUUUUAAUAAAAAAAUAAUUUAUAUACCGGUAUAAAACUGAAGUUUCCUUGAUCACCCAAGAUUUAGAAAAAAAUGAUAUAAAAAUAUUUUACAAAAUAAAAAUUUUAAUUAACACUUUUUUUGCCAUUUUAUCCUUGCUAUAAAAGUGCUGCAUGAGAAUCGAUUUUUUUACUGCUUCUUCUAAAUUGAAAUUUUUCCCAUCAAAAAGUUAUCUAAACUUCGAAAAAGUAAAAGUCUGUUGGACCAGGGUCUGUAGAAAUUUGAUGGGUGAGAAAGGGUCUCCAGACUGAACUCUGCUAAUUUUGAUAAGGUUUGUUGUGCAGUAUGUGAAGAGCCCUCUCCUUUCUAUGCCGAUUCAACGAUAUAAUGCAAGCUUGGACUCGGCCUCUUGCUGUGCUUCACUCAGUUCGUGCGAUACCCAUUUGUUAAGCUUAUAUAUUUUACCAAUUGGCCGCACAGGAUUAAUGUUAUUUUGACAUUUUCAUGAAAAGCCGACGCUUGUUCGGCCACAACUAUAGUUUGAGGCGAAUCCGAUUCCAAUAAAUUUGUCAUAACCGUAAGUACAUUAUACCUCAAUGAUAUCACCCUCUUCUUCGGGCGACCCCGAGAUUUAUUAAUAAGGUCAAAAUUUCCCGAACGGAAACGAUUACUAUUACGCACAGUUCGUUCCUUAGUAAUCCAAACCCUUCAUCAAUAAACAUCAUUGUGCGUGACGUUUAUAUAGCACUAUUAAAGAAAGAUCUAAAACGAAAGAAACAAAUGAAUAAGUAAAUGAUUUUGAAAAAUGAAUGAACAUCUUGAAUAUUUAAUUUAUUUUUAUUAAUUCCAAGUUAAAUAAUUAAGUUCAGUCGCCAGUUCAACAAAACGGUAAUUUCGUAAACCACUUAAACUUACUAAAAUUAUACUCGUAUAAUAUAAUUAUUUUAAAACUGUUGGUAUAUUUUGAAAUAAUCAGUUCCUCCUAUUUCAUGCUAACAAAUAUG